CUGGAUUGCAGCGCGGUCCAGUCUGCUGCUGGAAGAGCAAACCUGGCAACCUGGCAGCUUGUCCGGAGACCGUUGGCAAUCUGGCAAUGCGGAAAUAGAUCUGGCACCCCCGAGCACGGACUGAGGAGAGAGGCGUGACUGAGCGAGCAGAGAGGAGAGUGGAUUGCAUUGGCAAAGAUAAAAUAAUCAACUAUUUCUUUCCUGUUAGCUUUUUUCUUUUUAAAAUAAAGUGCUCAGGUGCGCUCGUCUGCAUCGGCUGGGAUUUUUCCAGCAUUUGUUUUUCAACCUGACAAGUCUGGGAAGAAGGAAAGAAGAAGUGCGUUUUUAUCGUUUGGAUUCCGGACUUCUUUACUGACUUUUCCUUUUUUUUGCAUCAAGCAUGGAUGUGUUGGCGAAUUACAGUAUUUUCCAGGAACUCCAACUCGUUCAUGACACUGGUUAUUUCUCUGCUAUGCCUUCCCUGGAGGAGAACUGGCAGCAGACAUGUCUCGAGCUGGAGCGCUAUCUACAGACGGAGCCCAAGAGACUCUCAGAGCUCUUUGAUGAGGAGCUGGACUGUCUCUUAACACCGACCUUCAUACAGGGUGGUGACAGUGACGAGGACCUGAUGGACCCCCUCCUCCCCAGCCUCCCUGACCAGCCCAGCCCACCUCCACUACUGAUAACCCUCCCUAAGGUCCAGGCCAAAAUCCUCCAGGUGCCCAACCCCAGCAGGACCCAAGCAGAGGCAGGGACUGAAACCCUUACACCAAAGGACCAAGUCCUCACAGGAGUCAGUGCCGCACAGCUCAGCGCCGCUGUUACAUCCCUUACACCGCCAUCGUCACCAGAGCUCGGCCGCCACCUCAUCAAGCCCACACAAACACUGACUGCGACGGCAGACGGUACACUAACGCUCAAAUUUGUGGCAAAGAAGGUUGGGUUUGGGGCGGCUAAACUGGUGGCAGCACGAGCAUUACCAUCACCGCCGAGCCGUGGAGGAGCCCUCAGUGACAGCGAGCAGGGAGGAGGAGGAAGUCUUGGAGGAGACAUACCAGAGAACAAAAAGAGAGUCCACCGGUGCCAGUUUAAUGGCUGCAGGAAGGUUUACACCAAGAGCUCCCAUCUGAAGGCACAUCAGAGGACUCACACGGGUGAGAAGCCCUAUAAGUGUUCAUGGGAGGGCUGCGAAUGGCGUUUUGCCCGCAGUGACGAGUUGACACGACACUACCGCAAACACACCGGAGCGAAGCCAUUCAAGUGCAACCACUGCGACAGGUGUUUCUCUCGGUCGGACCACCUGGCCCUGCACAUGAAGAGGCACAUCUGAGGGAAAAAAUAAAAGGAGUGGGAGAGGAGAAGAAGCAAGAGGAGAAAAAGGAGGAGGAGGAGAAGAGAUAGGAGGAGAGAGGGAUGGGCAGUCGAGCUACCUAUUGCCCUCCUCGUUCACCCCAUCCAUACCCCAUCCGUCAGCGGCCAUGACGCCUGCAGGGCAGCACAUCCAUCUGGGAGGGCCAUGAAGAUCAAACGGACUGACGGCCCUCUGAUUGGAGAUGGGGAUUAGAGGAAAACGAGGAGUAGCUAGAUUGUUGUUUUUCUUUAAAAUCACACACACUCACACACUUGCAAUAGUGAAUACUCAACACACCCGUCUUUGAAUGCAUCAUCCCGGUGAACCCCGGCUGCUCUCAUGCGGCUCUGGGGGCUUGGACACUGCCAAACCAACAUAUACUUGCUUGAUGAAACAUUACGCAGCCUUUUUAUCUUUCUUUGUAGUCAGUGUGCUUAAACCAUAAAGUCACUUUAGAUGAGGAGAUAGUUCAGUGGGGAAACUUUGAAUAUCCAUGUAGUCAGUUGUAAGUGCUUUACCGGCUUUUGAAAUCAAAUACUCAACUUUUUUCAUUGUUUUUUAAUGUUUCUCAUACACGGGACACGAAACCAUCAUCUGCCGCAGUCAGCUCCAGUAAUAUAUGUGAAGAAAACAACAACAAACAACAAAUCUGCAGGAGAGAGACUGUAUGGAUUGACUUCUAGCAUAGCUGACAAUCGAACCCAGGGCUCGGACACCGGGUGUUUCCGUGCACCCAUGGGACCUCGGUCAGCGGGUGCUGCUGCAACUCUCAGGCUCUCCUCCAGUGGGUGUUUGCAUCUCUCACCUUCACUGAGACGCCUGCUGCCUCCGCAGGCUAACUGACAGAAAUGCGCAGCGACACUUUCUUCCCUUUUUUCUACUUAGAGGACGAUAAUUCUUCUUAUUGUUGUUAUUACAAAGAAUGACACUUUGUUCUUUUCUCUCUUGGAGAAAAUGUCUUAAAAAUCACUGAAUUGUGUUUGAGAAAAAAACUCAAAAUCUAAGAUGACUUCAACGGAAUGUGUGGGAUGAGAAGUAGAGCGUUGUUGGUCUUUUAAUCCCCAUGUGCACCGGCUCUGCUUCUGCAGUCUGUGAGCAACCAGUGGAUGAACAAAAAAGAAUCAUACCAACUCUCAGAAAUGGGAUUUGUAUUUUUGUUGGACUAAAAUAAAAGCAGAAAGCGGAGAGGUCUUCAGUUGUUCGUGCUGCUCUUUCUGCCCUGCGAUCCACUCCAGCUGAAAAACACAACCCUUGCAUGACCCUUUGUGGUCUCGCACUCUACCGGAGUCAGGCGGAGGACUCGCUAAAGAAUGGAAACCUGUUUUUUCUUCUUUCUUUGUUUUUUGUUGAUUCUGAGAGCCAUCCUGGAGCUCUUUCACAGACUCUGAGAUCUCAUCUCCCCAGCAGCAUUGCGGGGCAUGAACAGAGGCUGAAGAGCUGCUUUUUGGUUACUCACUCAGCUUACUGGGACGCCAACCGACCUUUGUGUGGUGGUGCCGAACAGACACGGUCACGUUGCCCCGGUCAAAUUUUGCCUGUUUCGUAUCCAUUGACUGCACUGACUUCUUUUCAAUGUUAUCUGUGCUUUUGUUUCCAACAGCGAUAAAACAAAGAAAAAAAAAUCAUAAAAAGACUUGAAAAAAUACGACACAAAAAAACUAUUCUGUCUCGCUCUACACAUUGUAUACAGAACAAGCACACAUAUUCCAUCACCACACACACACACACACACACACACACACACACACACACUACCAGUUUCUUUGCUCACGGCUUCUCUUGAGAUAAGACUAAUAAGAUUUAGGAAAAUAAUUAUUAAACUAAUGAACAGAGUUGGAAAACAAAACACUGCAUGGCAGGCUGUAUUGUAAACACACAUACACCAACUCAUACACACACACACACACACACACACACACACACACACACACACACACACACUUCCUGGAAUUAUAUGUUCUGCUCCCAGAUCUUUCUUCACAGUAGGAAUUUAGCAACUGUUGUUUAGUAGAAGAGGAUCUUAGCGCUCGGCUGGAGGUAACAAACUAUUUCAAAUCCUUUGAAGUGAGAAAUCAACUUGUUCUCAGUUCCAACAAUCGCCCACAUAUCCCUCGCUACAGUUUGUGCCUCUCAUUUAAUCAGCGUUUUUUAAUUCAGAGACAGGGUAUAAACUACUGUUUUCAUCAAAAUAAACAGAAGUAAAACAAUUGCAGCAGGCCGUUUAGCAAAACAUGUUGAAAAUAUGUCCAUAAUCCUGAAACUCCUUUAUAUCCUGCCUCUCAUCUACAGUGAAUUUGAAUGUCUUGACCCAAACAAAGAUAGCAACCAAAAUCAUUAUCACAUCUGGUUACUUAAAUCUGGUAAAUCAGCUUUCCAAUUAUUGAAAGUCCUGAAAUGACUAAAUCGACUUAAACAUACAGUUAUUUAACCUGGAAAUCAGGUUUCAUAGGCAAACUGUCAUUGGGAUCACAAGCUCCUUAAAUUUGUUUAAUGUUGAUGUCACCAUAACAUAUAUUUUGUUAUUGGAGGAUUAAGUCUUGUGGUAACACCAACAUUAAUGUUGGUGAUAUUUUGCACAUAUUUCAGUUCAUUUAAACAGAAUCAUCACAGUGAGAGAAUUGACUCGUAAAACGUAAACCUCUGUGAUGAAUUUAACAUUGACACACUAGUUAGCUAAAUAAAGAAGUAAAUAAAUGCAGUUUAAUGCCCAAAGCAUUUCCGUGGGAUUAUAUCUAACAGCUAUUUGCUAGCUCACUAGCUAGUAAUACAGCUAGCUCAUUAGCUACUAAUACAGCUAGCGAACUAGCUAUUUAUACAGCUAGCGAACUAGCUAGCUUGUGGCAGUGCUUACAACUGCAACAAUGUAUGAAGGAAUGUCGUUCUGCUACUUCUUUCUGUGACCGAGUGCUUAGAGGUUUAUGGGCAUUAAAGUAUUCAAAGAACACACAUCACCUGCUGGGUUUUCAAAGCUGUAAUUAAUUGAAUUUUAUCUGCAACCUGAAUGUAAUCACUAACACUAACAUCUCCAUUGUAAAGAAUUAUGCAUGAGAGGCGAAAACUGUGGCGAGCACACAUAUCCACAAUGCCUGCUUCCUUUGCUUAACGGUUGCAGAAAAAAAUAAACUUGCCUUGCAAUCAGGGCAUUACUGAUACACACUGACACCGCUGCUCCAUCCACCCACCACCACCUAUAUGCCCCUUAGCACAUGCAAACAUUCUAAUACUUGCUGCUGCUCACUGGUGCAGCUCGGUGAGGGUGCAGGGUUCCUGAAGCGGGGGAUUUCACAUCCCAGCGUGCCCAGUCAAUGUGCCAGUCGGCCUUGCCAGCCUUCAUUAGGUGAACAAGUGAAAACAUUCCCCUUCAAGCGGGUUUAUGGGGCAGCUUUGAAUAAUCGAUACCAAAAACCUCCAGCGUGGAACUGCCCUUUAGCUAUAGGCAGAUUCUCCCCGGUCAGGAGAGAUCAGCGGGAGACCGCCUCCAUAUGAGGCCUCUGUAUCCAGUGGCAGCUUUCUCUACUAACGCUCUGUUUCUGCUAAAUAUGACAUAACCAACACACGUUUGAGAUGAAUCCAGUGUUUCACUUUUUUUUUUUUAUUUCACUGUUAGGUUUCUGUUACAAAAGCUAUAUUGAUGGUUGUUUUCUUCAGCUUGGAUGAUGCAAAGUCAUGCCAAAAUGUUGAGACCUGCAAUGGGAUGUAGAAGGAGCCCUCCUAUACAGGAAGUACAAUCAUAGAGGGAUGGGGAUAGUAGCACUUUUGAGGCUUUUGAUGGCAUGAAUGUGUAUAUUUGUGUAUGUAUGUGUCACCAUUAGGCAUACUGUGAGGGAAGCAGUGAUUCAGCAAAGUGGUUGAUAAUAGAUUUUAAACUGCUGGCCAUGUGUGGGAGAAAUGUUGGUUGUUAAAUUUGCUGUUUGAAAAUGCUUUUUAAUCUAAGCAAAGGCUGACAAUGUGUUUAUUACGUUUUAUUUGUUCUGACCCUUCAUUCAUUCAUAAAUUCAUUAAUUCAUUCAUUCAUAGUCAUGAAGCUCGAUGACUUGCGUCAAAGACUAAGACUGCAAACUUGCACUUUGUUUUAAAGCAUGCUAAAAUCAGACUCCUCACUGCCAGAUUAGUUUAAAUGACGGAAGACUUAUGGCUCAUUUUUUUCUGUUUAUUUUUCUCCUUCCCAAAAAUCUCAGAAUGUAUCAAUAUUUGUUCUGAUUAUUGAAAGACUGGUGAAGAAGAAACGAUAAUACAAAUAUCUGGAUGUAAAUAAGAUCUUAAAAAUACCAUUUGCAGCACAAACACUGUAGUUUCACCAUUUUGAAUGAGCUGCUUAUACCACAAGAGGACCUAUUUUACAGAAAACUGUGGGGAUCAGUCAGUGUCUUCUUGUAGUAGCAAACUUUUUCAUGCAUGGUCACCUGAAACUAAAAUUGAAUAAUGGUUUAAAUUGAUCGGCUUCUUUAAAAUAGUACAAUUUGUUUAGGUGAAAAUCAAUAAACAAUGAGAAUGAUGAGCCUUAAGUACACUCUAAAAGGAUCAACACGCCUGUGUUGUUUUUCGCACAUUGAACAAUAGUGCCCCAAACUGCAUAGACAUACCAAGUUGUUGAAGAUUUCGUAUACCAAUUUAGAGCGUACAUUUUCAAAUGUAAAGUUACUGUAGUAAGUAAUUGUAGUGCUGGCCAGCAUGCAACAAAUACAACUCAUGGGUUUUCUCCUCUUUAAUUAAAAUCUGGCUUGACAUCCGACAGAUCUCAAAGUCAAUUCAGAUACAACUUCACAUUUCGGAUCCAUCGUGUUGAAGCAGUUUUCUGUCACAGUGUUGCUCCGGGUCUCUCAGGCUCCUCUAGGCCAGCUAGCAGCCGUCCCACAGCUCUGAUUAGCAUUAGCACUCCCGGGUUCUCUUCUCUAGUUGCAGUUCAGCUAAUGAGAUAGCUCUGGGUCACAGGGAGACUGAGUGGUCUGGAGAUGAGAACAAAACAAAACAAUAGGGACCUUGAGCCGGACCGAUUCCAGCGCUCCAUACCCAGUGGACAGAUUUGAUGUGAAACAAACUCCCGUUAGAUCCCGUUAGCAUUGAGAAAUGCCAGGAGAUAGUGAGAUAGUUGUCAAAGAGACUAAACUGUGAUGAAAAAAAGGAUUUAAAAAAUAAUUUACCCACAUGAAUAUCCAAAUCAUUAAAUCAGACCUUGCAUUUUAUCUCAUGGAUUACAGAUCAAAUAAAUUACCUUUUAUCCGCAAAGUCCCUACAGAUAAAUUUUAAUCCACUCUGUGUCCCCCAACCCUCCCUCCUUCUUCACGUGCUAUUAAUGUUUCCCUCCAUCAUCCAUCUCUCCCUCUCUGUCCACAGCAGUUGUCCAUGCACUAUCAGCUGCAGGAAUGCUGAAUGCACAUUUUACACAUUUUGCCCAAAGAUUUGCAUAUUUGCAAGUUAACUGCUGUGAAUGUACUAGAUAUAGAGGAAAGAGUCGAGAGGCAGAGACGCAGAAAACGAGUGUUGGAUGGAAGGAGAGGGAUUGUUUUUCUUACAUGAUCGUUCCAUUAAAUCUUAAUUACCGGUAUGCUCCAACUCUUCAUGCUUCAUAACAUUUUCAGACUACUGUUGGUAGCUGGAGCUGAACUCAUUGUUCACAAAAUAAUGUUAUCAUUGGAAUUAAAGGCAUGAAGUGAAGAAGCUUUAGUAUGUUGGCUUCUUAGCCCACUGCAAAUAAUAAUGUCAAGUCUUAUAUUUCAAAGUCACAGGCUGGAAUCCUUUGAAAUGUUGAACUGUUGACUAUCAAAACCAAGUUUACCAUUCCCAUACAUCAAAUGGUUAAAGUUCAGUGGAAAUCCAGACAAGAAGUUCUUUGGGAUUUACUAAAGGCGCUUUUACACUGGCAGGUUAGUCCGAAUUUGGCAGUGGUUUGCCUAAAAAUAUAAAGUUUUGGGGGAAAAGAAAUUACGUACUCACCUAAAUGAGGUUGUCGCAAAUCAGAGCCAGACAAACUGUAGUACAGUUCGUGUUCAGUCAGAAAGCAGUUUAUACCCCGCAACGAAAAACUUGUGAACAUGUCUCUCAAACCAACAAACCCAGUGUGAAAACGUCUUUGACCACAGCCAGUUGUUUGGCCACAGUCCUUUGAGGCACCAGGCUUCAGUUUCCAGUUUUGUACCAUAUCACUCUGAAGAAGGAUUAUCACUUCUGGCAGCUUUUGUAAAUAGCGUGAGAUCUUACACACAGGCCGCUCUGUGUGAAAUGAACCGUAUGUGGCGACAGCCCCGUCUCAGAUAUUUCAGCAUUUCUAUAGAUCUGCUUUAGUUCACGCAAACAUUGCACUACAUGAUCAUACUUAGCUAUCGCACUCUCCAUGUGCACGCACGGCUAGCUUAGUCUGUUGGAGCACUCUGUCAAAUAUCCACUUAACAUUUGUUACACGUCCAGGAUGCACUUUUCCACCAAGAACCAUUUACUACAGGUCCACUCUUGAUAGAUCAGUGUGACACAUCAACUUAAACCUCCAGUGAAAUGCCUUUUUUAUCACCAUUAUUAUGGGGGAGUAUGUUGAACUUUACUAACAUUCAGUCAUGCUCUGACUUGGUUGAACUUUCUUGGUAUCAGUGGCAUCCCGGAGUGACUGUCUGUAACUACUGUGUUUGUCCAUGCUUGAUGUGUCCGUAUAUAAGAAAUUCACAGAUCUUUACCCCUUCCCUUUUGUCUGUAUAUUUCACCUCACCCACACCAAACCCUCUCCACCAAAACCACA